AUGUAUGAUCCUACUUGCGCUUAUUCAUGCCACGACGUUAUUAGCAGUUAUCAACUCAAUUGCUCCAUGGUUAAGGGCCAGGGAGAAAUGAGCGAGAUGAGUGGUAUGUCGGGACCAAUGAUCGUUACUUCGUCCAAUUGCUACGCAACCGACGACAAUUUCCUCCACAGCAUGGCCUAUUGUAUCGAAACGCAUUGUCCGCAUGUUUCGCAAACUCGACUUGAACAUUACUGGGAAUAUUUCCUUGUCGGCCGUUCGCCAAACCAACCUACGCCGAAAGAGCCGUACAGUGUUGCCUUACUCCAUGCUGAUCCGCCCCCUAAGGUGGUCGUCGGCCUCAAAACAUUACUUAACACGACUACAUUAGUUGUCGAGGAGGCAUAUUUGGCAUCUUAUAAUGCCCUCUCUCUAUGUGAGGAGAUCGACACUAACCAUAGUAACUUUGGACUAGUUGUUCUCAUCACUGGUGCUGCCAUACCUGUGGCAUGCUCUCUACUACGUUUUGUGCCCUUCCCAAAGGCAUUGGCAAGCCAAUUCAACGCUUACUUCAUUGAACCCCCUUUAUUUGGUCGAAGACAUCGAACCCCACUUCACAACAUCGCGAUUAUGCCUACGCGCGGUCAAGCCAUGCUAAUAGCAUAUUUCUUCAUUAUCAACAUUAUAUUAUCUUGUGUCGGUUAUCCCCAAGCAAUGCCAAAUUCCUGGUAUCCGUCAAAACACGAGGAGUUAAUAAGCUACGUCCGAAAUCGCCAGGGUGUUCUAAGCUUCGCCAAUGUCCCACUCUUAGUCCUGUACUCCGGUCGAAAUAAUAUUCUCCUGAAGAUUACCAACUGGCAACACUCGACGUUCCUCUUAGUCCACCGAUGGAUCGCCAUCAUCUGCACGCUUGAGGCAUGUAUACACUCGUCGAUGUAUCUGGAUAGAUACCUUAAAUCAGGUGGUUUCCAUACCCAGAGCAAACUACCAUACUGGAUAUGGGGAAUCGUCGCUACUCUCUCAUUCACCAUCUUGCUCCCCGCUAGCAUACUCCCGCUGCGACAGAAAGCCUACAACCUCUUCCUCGCCUCCCACUUCGCGCUCUCUUUCAUCGCGUUGAUCGCCUGCUAUUUCCACAUAUACAAGCGUUUCGGAAACCAAUGGGGAUACGAGACAUGGAUCUACAUCGCCUUCGCGCUCUGGGCCUUCGACCGACUAAUGCGUUUCGCCCGGUUAGCCCGAAACGGGAUCCGAUCCGCCGAAAUCACCGUCGUCGACGAGCACAACAUCCGCGUCGACGUCCCGGGCGUAUCAGCACAAGGGCACGCCUAUCUCUACUUCCCAACCCUAAGCUGGCGCGUGUGGGAAAACCACCCCUUUUCCGUAAUGGGAAAUCUAAUCGCGCAGGAACCCGAAAGGAAAGCCCCCAGCAUAACAACCUCCGAAGAAAAAACCAGCCCACCGAACCGCAGCAUAGAGAAAAUCGACGAAGAACCUACCCGAGACGACUCCAUCUCCGUGGAAUCGACAGCGACAAAACCCCCUUUCAAAACGGGUCUGACAUUCUUCAUCGCGACAAGCGGAACCGGCAUCCGCUCAAUCCUGCACCGAAAAACCCGGCUCCCGGUCCUCGUCGAGUCCUCCUACGCCGCCUCCUCGCUCGACGAGCUGCGCGCCGUGCCGAACUGCAUAGUCAUCGCCGGCGGCGUCGGUAUCACGGCUCUAGCCCCACUCCUGCGCACCCGCGGGUCCGGCGUACGUCUGUUCUGGGGCUCGCGAAGCCAGGCAUUGGUUGAAGCGGUGAGAAGCGCGUUAGGGCCCGGGGUCUUGGAGCCGAGUAUUGUGGGAGAGAUCUCGGUGGGACGACGUUUGGAUCUACGUGCGAUUCUGGAGCGCGAGGUUUUGGAGGGGAGUGAGACGGCGGUUGUAGUGUGCGGACCUGUUGGGAUGGCAGAUGAGGUGAGGGAGAUUGUGUGUGAGCUUGGGCGGAAGGGGAGGGUUGUGAAGCUUGUUGAUGAGGCAUUUAGCUGGUGA